AUGUCUAUGGAAUACAAUUUUUGGAUAACUGAUUUUAUAUCAGAGACAAUAAACUCUCAAUUUAUGAACUUUCAAUUGAGUCAAACUGAUUGCCAGCUAAUUGCUGAACAAAGAUACUUAACUGAAAUAUUGACGGCUCAACAAUUGGAAAAUGAGAAUGCUCAUUUAAAAUCUAUCACCUUGAUCUAUAGUAAACUUGAGUUUAGAUAUGAAAGAGAUAUCAAAGAUUUUGAAGCACAUUAUCAUGAGUUGAAUCCGACGGAUAAGUUGGUAAAUAAAUUGGAUCAGUUGGUCAAAGGACAGGCAGUUUUAAUACAGAACUCAAACCACAACAACCGUAUUAUGCAGUCAUAUCCAGAGUCUCGUUUAGAAAAUUGUAUUGAAAAAGGGUUUUACAAAGAUAUGUUAGCCAAACAACAUGUUGUUAUAUCAAUGUUAAGCAAAAUGAUUGAUAUGUCUGCCAAACAACGUAAAAUCCUAUCCCGUAGUUUUGCCAGUGUUUUGUUUAACUUGUAUUUUAGGCCAAAACCGAUGCGCGUUUGCAGCACUUUAGAUGAUAUCAUGACUAACCAUCGGAUCUAUGUCUUAGAACCGAAAAAUGCAACAAAAGAUUUGUUUCUAAUUAAAAAGCAAAUGUAUUACCACUUAAAAGAGCGUAUUUUGAAAAGUCAUGAAAUGUUUACAAUACGUGCAAAGUGGACAUUUGGCAAUCGCACCGUUACCAACAAAAUAACAGAUUAUUCAUUGGCUUUAAAUGAGGUACUCAAUGGACGGGCUGUUAUGUUACAGGACUCGACAACUAAUAAAGAUAUCCUACAAAACUUUCCCAUUUCUAAUCUAAUAACAUCUACAGAUAAUUAUUUUCCUCUUAAUUUGGCUUAUUUUCUUUUAAUACACGCGAAACGUUUAGAAAAUGAGUAUCGAUUAAGUAGUAACUGCAUCGGCGCCGGUACUUAUGGUAUAGUCAUAAAAGCAGAAAACAAAAUUGAUCUCAAAGAGUAUGCCAUCAAAAUGAUUAUCAUUGUCGGCGAUAAUGAAGAUGAAAUAGAGAAUGAGUUUCAAAAUAAGAUACAUGAGCUAAAGGUAUGGGCAAAACUCAACUAUAUUGAGUGCGUUCAAUACCGCAGCGCUUGGCUGGAAAAGGAUGAACAAUCGCGACAACGGUUUCUCAAGUAUUGGACAGAAGGUAUGACAAAGUGGUCGGUCAAAGAUACCGAUGAAAUUGAUUUUCAUCGACGUAUCCGUGAAAAGGCUAAACAUUUUGUAAUACUUCACAUCCAAAUGGAUUUAUGUUGUCUAUCACUUCGAGAUGUGUUGACACAAAUGGAUGACUAUUUUCAAUCCAAUGAUAACUUAGAUUUACUUUAUAUCAAAUAUUAUAUGUCAUCUGAAUUGUUGAUUGAGAUACUGAAAGCAGUCAACCGUUUGCAUACAAAUCGUCCUGAAAUAAUACACAGAGAUAUUAAACCGGAAAAUAUAUUAAUACAGCCAUAUGGUGACCAUGGUCAUGUCAUUAAAUUAGGUGAUUUUGGACUAUCAGUUAUACACGAGUACAGUGAUCAGUCACAUUCAACGAUGAAAGGCACCGAACCCUAUAUGGCUAAUGAGGUGAUAGAGGGAAGAACAGAAGGACUCCGAGCAACAUAUGAUACCAAAGCUGAUGUCUAUAGUGUCGGUGUACUYAUAACUAUGGAUUUGUUUAAUUUUAAUAUAAAAUUAAUUGAGCAAUGUAAUUUAAGUGCAAAAUAUGACCUGAUUUGUUCAUUGGCUUAUAUGGCUCAGAGUGGUGUGUUUGCUACCCGACCAACUUGUAAGGACAUACUAAAUGAUAAAAAUCAAUGGGCGCUAAAUAUAAGUCAUGUCAAACAUCUUAUUGAAAAAUAUGUUCAAUUGGAUAAUCAAUACGAUAUAAUCACACAUUUUAUUCAAAGUUGUGUCAAACAAUUGUUAAGUCAGACAUCGAUUUCAUCCAAUGAUAUAAUAAUGACUGAAGAAGUGAAUGUCAAUAUUGCCGAUGAAGUCAUUGUUGGCGACAAUCAAAGCUGUUGUCAAACAAACUUUGAUAUCAACGAUGAUAUCAACUUCUUUGAUGACAUCAAUUUUGAGACCAUUGAUGACAACUUUGUCGACUUUGUACUCAAUGACAAUAACGACAAAAGUGUUGUCACAAACAACUCUUCGGACACCAAUUUGGAUGUAUUGGAGGAUAUCAUUGAAAGUAAAUGUUCUUUCACUCAAAUACUUCAUAUGUUAGAAACUAUUGACAACAAUAAUGAAACUACAGAUCAAUCAAUUGACAAUAUUAAUGAUGAAAGUAAUGACAAUUGUGUGAUAAUACCAAAACCCAUACCAAAGUCUCACCGAAAGAAGUCGACUGACACUAAAUCAGGCAAACAAUUAAGGUUUUUAUUUAAACAAUACGGUCUUCGGGUUAACAAAACUGCCGAUCAUUUGCCUGCAAAUCAAGUGAUUGAUCCGUCGAUCGAGAAAAUAACAACAAGAAGUGCUUAUAAGUCGACAACAAUUACCGGUAAUUGUAGGAAAAUCUCGACUAAAAUACACACAAAUAAUAAUAACAAUGACGACGAAGACGACGACGAAGACAACGAAAACAAAGAAGACAACGAAAACAACGAAGACAACGAAGACAACGAAGACAACGAAGACAACGAAAACAACGAAGACAAAGAAGACAAAGAAGACAACGAAGACAACGAAGACAACGAAAACAAAAAAGACAACGAAGACAAAGAAGACAAAGAAGACAAAGAAGACAACGAAGACAACGAAGACAACGAAAACAAAAAAGACAACGAAGACAAAGAAGACAAAGAAGACAACGAAGACAACGAAGACAACGAAAACAAAAAAGACAACGAAGACAAAGAAGACAAAGAUGCUGUUGUUGAUGAUGAUGUCAAUAACAUCUACGACGACAAUAACAAUUGCAAUCAUAAUAAUAAUAUCAUGAAAUCGCAACCAAAACCCGUAACAAAAGAAAAUAUAGUUAAUAGCAGACAAUUACCAUCAAUACUAAUAAACAAACUCAAUAUGAAUCCAAUAAUACCAUUAAUACGAUUACAAUUACCCUAUGAAAUGAUGCCUAUUGUAAAGAUACCACUCGUGAGGAUGCCAAUCAUGAAGACUCAUUACACUAACAAAUUGAAACCAAAUCCAAAUAGUCUGCUAAGUCAUAGAUCUGAUGACAAUACACUUAGUGGUCAACAGAAAGUGGUGUCAAAUAAAAUAAUCAAUAAUGAAAAUAAUGAAAGAGUUAGACAUAGAGGUCGACCACCAAAAUCAUUGAAAAAUCGAAGUCAAAGUUUAAAUAUGAAUCAAACAAUCAAAAGAUGUCUGAAAAGGAUUGUUUCGAAAAGACAUAAAUUGAUGAAUAAAGUCAUUAUGAAUAGAGUUUACCUUAAGAUUAAGAUAUCGCAGCGAUGGUCAUCAAAGUCAUUGCUUAAUGUGAGACCAAUUAAGUUAAUCAGUUAA